UAUGAGACGGAAACCCGGAACCUUUGGUGUGGCUCACUUUCUUUACCCGAGUAUUUUUCAUGUAACACGGGAGCGUUUAGAAAGAUGGCGGCAUCCGUAGAAAAGCCACAUGUGGAGAUUGAACUAGACUCAGAAGAUGAUGUGAGUGAGAUCAGCGAGAAUGAGGAAAGAAGUGAAGAGGAGGAAUCAGAGGAUGGAAGUGAUGAAGGAGAGAGAUCAGCUGGUGAUGGGAGUGAGGGAGAAGAGGAAGAGAACGUGAAGGAACAAGAUGGAGAGGUUGAGAUGAAUCCCAAUGCUGGUUGGGCAGAUGUCAUGGCCAAAAUCCUGGGAAAGAAAACGCCAGAGGACAAGCCCUGCAUUCUGCUAAAAAACAAACAGCGGGACAAGCUCAAUGCAAAGGAGAGGAAAGAAAAGGCAGAGAAGAAGAAACAGGCAGAUAAAAAGAGGGCAUGGGAGAUGAUGUGUCGGGUGAAGCCAGAUGUUGUGCAGGAUAAAGAGAAGGAGAGGAAUCUGCAGAGAGUUGCUACCAGAGGUGUAGUGCAGUUGUUUAAUGCAGUACGUCAACACCAGAAGAAUGUAGACGAGAAGAUGAAGGAAGUCGGUGGAUCUGAAAGGAAAAAGGCAAAGGUCCUUUCCUCAGUAUCGAAGAAAGAUUUUAUUGACGUAUUGAGAGGAACUGCCGGUUGUAACAAGGCAGCCAUAAAGACUGAAAAAGCAUCGUCUGAAGUGCAGAAAGAGAAGAAGCCAGCAUGGAGUGUCCUAAGGGAUGAUUUCAUGAUGGGCUCAUCCAUGAAGGACUGGGAUAAGGAGAGUGAUCCAGAGGAGAGACAUAAGGAGCCAGGGGAUGCAGAGGACAGCGAUUCAGACUGAGAUAAUCAUUGUGUGUGUGUGUGUUUCUUUCCAUGUGAGAGCACAUCCAUACAACACAUGCUGUGUGUCUCACAUGUAAGGUGGAUGGACCUCAUUCACAGACCCUGCUUUUAUGUAUGGGAUCCUGUUCUGUGAGUUCUGAGCAUUUGCUCAUAUAGCUGAGAUUGGAUUGACCAGAUGUCAAGGUUUGGAUUGAAAACCUGAGGUGUUUCAAAACUCAAUGGAUUGUUCAAUUAACCCAGAGAAUUUAUAAUAUUGGUGUUUAACUCGCUUUUUCUGUUUCAGCCAUGUAUAUAGUUCUUUGAUUAUAGGCCAAGGAAUAAAGUGACCUUUAACAUA